AUGCGAGGAUGUCUGCAGUUAGCCCGAUGGCUGAGCGCAGCGCCGAGAUCUCCGGCGGCGGGCCUCAAGUCGUCGGCUGGCUUUCCACUCCGGUCUAUUAAUUCCCUACGAUCUUUCACGACCUCUGCAACAUGGCGCGCUCGAUCGAAGUCUGCCCCAAGCGCCCCGGAUACCGACCUCGAACGCCGCAUCGCCGAUAUCCCCAUUGACCGAUUCCGCAACUUCUGCAUCGUUGCACACGUCGAUCAUGGCAAAAGCACACUCUCCGACCGAUUGCUCGAGAUCACGGGGACCAUUCAGCCCGGAAUGAAUAAACAAGUGCUGGAUAAACUGGACGUUGAACGCGAACGGGGUAUCACUGUCAAGGCACAGACAUGUACCAUGAUCUACAACCACAAUGGCGAAGACUAUUUGUUGCACCUGGUAGAUACGCCUGGGCAUGUCGAUUUCCGUGCUGAGGUAUCGCGUAGUUAUGCCAGCUGUGGGGGAGCGAUCCUUCUAGUUGAUGCUAGUCAGGGUGUUCAGGCGCAAACAGUUGCCAACUUCUACCUGGCCUUUGCGCAAGGAUUGGAGUUGAUUCCCGUUAUUAACAAGGUCGACCUUCCGUCGGCGGAUCCAGAGCGGGCUUUGGACCAAAUGAAGAGCGCGUUUGAGCUGGAUACGGAAAAUGCAGUGAUGGUGUCGGCCAAGACUGGAUUGAAUGUUGCGGCCAUCCUACCAACUGUCGUUGAGAAGAUUCCAGCACCUAUUGGCGACUCCAAGAAACCCCUUCGAAUGCUGCUUGUUGACUCCUGGUAUGAUUCUUAUAAGGGCGUGAUUCUCCUGGUUCGCGUUUUCGAUGGCGAGGUGCGUGCAGGUCAGCAACUCGUGUCGUUCGUAACGGGCCUCAAGUACUACGUCGGCGAGGUUGGAAUUAUGUACCCCACUGAGACCGCACAAUCUGUUAUCCGGGCCGGCCAGGUCGGAUAUAUUUACUUCAAUCCCGGCAUGAAGCGAAGCCAGGAGGCCAAGAUCGGCGACACCUUCACAAGAGUCGGGUUUGAGAAGACGGUUGAGGCUUUACCUGGUUUUGAGGAGCCGAAGUCAAUGGUCUUUGUCGCUGUUUAUCCUAUGAACCAGGAUCUUUUCGAGCAUCUCGAAGACAGUGUUAACCAGCUCAUCCUGAAUGACCGCAGUAUUACGAUUCAAAAGGAGUCCUCCGAAGCGCUCGGUGCAGGGUUCCGCAUGGGAUUUCUGGGUACCCUUCACUGCUCAGUAUUUGAGGAUCGACUCCGACAAGAGCACGGUGCGAGUAUCAUAAUCACUCCGCCAUCCGUACCAGUCAAGGUGUUAUGGAAGGAUGGUACCGAGGAAAUUAUCACCAACCCAGCCAAGUUCCGCGACGAUGAUAGCGUACGUUUAAAGCUUGCCGAGGUUCAAGAGCCAUAUGUGCUGGCUACUUUGACUUUCCCUGAUGAAUAUCUGGGCAAGGUCAUUGAGCUCUGCGAGUCCAAUCGAGGCGAACAGCAAAGUAUCGAGUACUUCACCGCGAGCCAGGUCAUUAUGAAAUAUGAACUGCCCUUGGCGCAUUUGGUCGAUGACUUCUUUGGAAAAUUGAAGGGCUCUACCAAAGGAUAUGCCAGUCUCGACUACGAAGAAUCUGCUUGGAGGGCCGGCAAUAUUGUCAAGCUCCAGCUCUUGGUCAACAAGGUUCCCGUUGAUGCCGUAUCCCGGCUCAUGCACAUGAGCCAAGUGGCCCGUCAAGGCAGGAUAUGGGUAACCAAGUUCAAGCAACACGUCGACCGACAGCUGUUCGAAAUUGUCAUUCAAGCUGCCGUGGGCAAGAAGAUCAUCGCGCGUGAGACCAUCAAGCCCUACCGCAAGGAUGUUCUGGCCAAGCUUCACGCCAGUGAUGUGAGUCGUCGUCGAAAGCUAUUGGAGAAGCAGAAGGAAGGUCGUAAAAGGCUCCGAGCCGUUGGAAAUGUGGUCAUCGAGCAGAAGGCUUUCCAAGCUUUCCUAUCUAAAUGA